AAAAUGAACUAUUCAUUCCAAGUCUAUCUAUUGUCAACAUCACUUGACUAUUUCUCCGAGUCUCGUGACUUUUUUCCAUCAUUUUUUUCUUCCCCAUUUUUAUUUCGUUCAAACUAAAUAUAUUCCAUUUGAUUUUUUGUUUGAGUUAAAAAUCCAAUCGAAAUGUUGAACAAAUUUGUCGUGGCGAUAUUUUUAUCGCUGGUUUGUCACGCAUUUGCAUUGGAUUCACAUAACUCACCAGUGCUUAUCUUCAAACAUAAGGAAAAUACAAAGUCGUAUGACUCGGGCGUUGUUUCUGCCACAACUCAAGUUAAACAACGGGACUUCGAGCAACGUUUGCGGACACUUGAUGCAGGCCAAAAAAUCAUGGUAUUCGUUGCAUCGGAUUUAAGCCCAGAGGAUCUCGCUUUCAAAAAUGAAAAACACGAAAAAGCCUUCGGAAACCUCGCCAGUAACCUCGAUAUAGUAGAUUACAUGCUAUUCGUUGAAAAUGCUGUGAACAACAAAGUGACCCAAGGUCAAGAUGUGGCACACACUGAAGUGUCGGCAAUCAACGAAUUGGAAGAAGAGCCAAGCAGUGACAAGAGAAUCAUCAUUGUCAAAUUGCCCGGAUAUCACGUAUCUGAGCAAAAAUUCCAUUGGUUGCGCCGCAUUGACCGUGCUUUGUAUGCUGUAAGCCAAUUGCCACAAUACAAAGACUAUCUCUUUGUUCUCACAUCGGAGCAAAACUCGCGUUUGCAACAACAUUCACGCAAACGACGUGCCGCUGACACACCAACAACACCAACAAACCACUCCGACGCCAAUAUCCUGGUCUAUUUCAAAGAUUUCGUGCAAAAGAAUAAGAAGACUGCUGACGAAUCAAUUUUAACUGGCCCUAUCUCAUCAACCAAAGCAGAAAACACUAUCACUCUUACGAUCGAAAGCAAAUUCCCGCUUAAAUUGGCAUUUGACUAUGAACCAGCAGCCGACUAUUGGGCUCUAAAUACAGCGACAUCCACCAUUUCAGGCAAACCAUUAGAUGGUAAAGUACAGACCCAAAUUGGUGCACCAAAAAACAUUUCAUUCAGUUGUUCGUCGGCAGUUUACUUUACCGUGGACGAUGAAAAUGUUGCUGGUGUGUACUUCAAGGGAUUCCAAGUUCAACCAAACAUUAACGGCACUGAUAAACUUACAAAGUUUGGCGAUUCAUAUGAUUGCACUGGCUUUGUAAGUAUUCCAAUCUGGUCUGGCUUGUUCAUCACAUUUUUGUUGCUCGGUAUUGUUGCGACAGCCGUUUCAUACAUCAUGGACAUUCGCACCAUGGAUCGCUUUGAUGAUCCAAAAGGAAAGACUAUCACAAUCACCGCAAGUGAAUAAACACAAUAUCAAAUGAAAAAAACAACAAAAAAACACCAAUACGUUUGCUCCAAAAGUCAAUAGCGUGCCUUUAUGUUACAUAUGAAAUUGUUCACAAAUCAUUUAUUGAUGUUGAUUGAAAUUUUAAUGUAAGCAAAAUAUCAAUUUGUUUUUUUUGGAGACAAACGCUCAAAAUAAAUAAUUUAGGAACCAGUUUAGGGUUACAAUAGACAAACAAAAAACAAAACAAAAAUUCUGUUACAAUUGCCAAAGUUCACUGUUCUCUUCUAAACUUUGUAGAUCAAAUAAAGACACGAAAAAAACAAA